GCAAGCGUGAAGCCGCGCCCGAGUCGAACUGCCUGGACAACCAAUGCUGGGAGUAAGUCUCGACUUCCCCACGCACUUUCAUAGGGAGUGCUUUACUGACGCCUGGUCUAGCUAUGACUGGGAAUGUACCUACACCGGCACCUCAUACGCUACUCAAGACGAUCUCAACCGCGCCACCGACAGCUUUUGCGCGGCAGUGGACGAUGCGACCGUCAGCGGUGGGAUGUGGCGCAACGCGACCUAUCAAGCCCCCUCGGACGGUCAACCGAUCUUCUUGGGUGUACACAAUUAUGCGGCCAAUGGGUCGUCGCAACUGACGUUAGAGCUGUGCACUACUGGCUUCUACGACAUUCUUCAGCGACGCGAGCCUUCCGGUGCUGGUGCCGGCACUCGAGGCGGUUACAUUAUCAUGUACUUCAAGUUCUUGACGUUUGUGAUUGGAGUCGAUGGCAACAUGCCGACACCGUUUUGUGGCGGUUACUGCUGAUGAGACAGCGGUGGCGAGCCUGGACGCUUGACGUGGCGUGGUGGUCCAUGGAACAAUCGAAGAAUGGGACCUGACCAUGUGGAAGCGGUAGAACACGCCGAUCAGCAGGCGAGGUGGACCGACCGAGAUCGUACGAAACGAUCUCUGUAGACUUUGUAACCUAAAUGCAACGGCUCACGCCGCGGUGCCACAAUAUUAGAGCUUUUACGCGUACACCUCGUGACCGGAAC